AUGCGAGGAGGAGAGCCGAUUGCCAUUGUCGGGACCGGAUGUCGAUUCCCAGGCGGAGCCAGCAGGCCUUCCAAGCUUUGGGAGAUGCUUCUCGACAAGCGAGAUGCCUUACGAGCAAUCCCCAUGGAUCGCUGGAACUCCGAUGGCUUCCACCACUCCAAUGGCGAAAGAGCCGGAGCUCUCAAUGUCAAGCACGCCUAUCUCCUCAAAGAAAACGUGCGCGAGUGGGAUGCAUCUUUCUUCGGCAUCAAUCCUCGUGAAGCUGAGGCCGUUGACCCUCAGCAUCGUAUUCUCCUCGAAACUGUUUACGAAGCGAUGGAAUCCGGCGGCUUCACGAUGGAAGCUAUGCAAGGCUCUGACACGGCCGUUUAUGUCGGUGUUAUGACAGCAGACUAUUGCGAAAUGCUUCUUCGCAGUCCCGAGAGUUUGCCGACCUAUUUUGCGACUGGGACAAACUUCAGUAUCCUUUCCAACCGACUGUCCUACUUUUACGACUUGAAGGGUCCGUCCGAGACGAUCAACACUGCCUGCUCGUCCAGCUUGGUCGCGGUUCACCGCGGCGUCCAGAGUUUGCGCUCUGGAGAAGCACGCAUGGCGAUUGCGGGUGGUGCGAAUCUGAUCCUCAACCCUGAAUUUAUGGCUGCGGAGUCCAAUCUCCAUAUGUUGUCAGCCGAAGGACGUUCCCGCAUGUGGGAUGCUGGCGCGAAUGGAUAUGCCCGUGGUGAAGGCUUCGCGGCUGUGAUUAUGAAGAGGCUCUCCGAUGCCAUUGCGGAUGGAGACGACAUUACUUGCAUUAUCCGCGAGACUGGUGUAAAUAGCGAUGGCCGCACCAAGGGCAUUACUCUACCCAGCGGCGAAGCUCAGACAAGUCUGAUCCAACAAGUCUACCGUCGAGCUGGCUUGAACCCCUUUUCCGCCCUCGAUCGCCCACAGUACUUCGAAGCACACGGUACUGGGACCCCAGCUGGUGAUCCCAUCGAAGCCAAUGGUAUCCGAGACGCUUUCUUUGCCGAGAACGUCAAGCGAGAAGGGGAGAAAUUGAUCGUCGGCUCUGUGAAGACGGCCAUGGGUCACACCGAGGGAACCGCUGGGUUGGCUGGUCUGAUCAAGACUGCCAAUGCCAUCAAGUUCGGUGUUAUCCCUGGUAACUUGCUCUUCCAGAGCUAUAACCCCAAGAUCCUCCCCCUUCUUGACCACCUUGCACUCGCUACCGAGACUCAAGCUUGGCCUGCUCCUCCCGCCGGCCAACCCCGACGUGCUUCGGUCAACUGUUUUGGUUUCGGCGGCACUAAUGCCCACGCCAUCGUCGAAAGCUAUUCCCCUGCACCAGCACUUCAUCGCAAGCAGCUUAUGCCAGCAUCAACCCAAACACCAAUGGCUAUUCCCCUUGUUCUCUCAGCAAACAAUGAGGCGUCUCUUGCUACCAUGGUUUCCAACUACCGCGACUUCAUUGCGAGCAACGAUCAAAUCAAUCUCAAUGACCUUGCUUGGACUCUCCAGAACCGUCGGUCCGAGCUUGCUCUCAAAGCCACCUUCGCUGGACCGACCAGAGAAGCGUUGCUGGCUAACAUGACGGCUACCAUAGGGAAGACACAACAAACACCUCCAGCGGCUAUCGGUACGCGCCGUGACCACCGAUCGAAGAGCGCUCGCAUCUUGGGCGUCUUCACAGGCCAAGGUGCUCAAUGGGCUAAUAUGGGUCGCGAGCUGGUGCUCUCAUCUUCAAUAGCGAAGGCAUCUGUCGUCCACCUCGAUGCUGCACUUGCAGGGCUGCCCGACGGACCUGCAUGGACCCUGGAAGACGUAAUCUGCGACAAACAGGCCGGCAAGCGAAUUGACGAAGCCGAGUUCUCGCAGCCAGUAUGCACCGCAGUUCAAGUCAUGCUUGUUGACAUCUUGCGCUCUGUUGGCCACAAAUUUACCACUGUGGUCGGGCAUUCUAGUGGUGAAAUUGGCGCCGCGUACGCGGCUGGUGUUGUCAGUGCCUCCGAGGCUAUUAAGAUCGCAUACUACAGAGGACUGCAUACGAAGCUUGCCCAGGGUCCAUCUGGCAAGGAGGGAACGAUGUUGGCCGCUGGUCUAUCGCAUGAGGACGCUGAUGAAUUCUGUGCUCAGUCCGCCUUGUCUGGACGGAUCCAAGUAGCAGCCAGCAACGCCCCUGAAAGCGUGACCUUGUCUGGUGAUAUUGACGCUAUUAAAGAGGCUAAAAUUAUUCUCGACGAUAGAGGCAUCUUUGCUAGAGCCUUGAAGGUCAACAAAGCCUACCACUCCCAGCAUAUGAACCCAGUCUCCAUUCCUUAUAUGGCCUCGCUUAGAGCUUGCCACAUUAACCCAAAACUUCCUUCCGACGGCUGCACUUGGGUUUCUAGCGUCACUGGCGACCCAAUCAUAGACGAGGUGGAUCUCAAAGCUCUGACAAGUGUCUACUGGAAAGACAACAUGCUUAAGCCGGUUCUUUUCUCCACCGCUGUCGAACAAGCGGUCCUCGGUGAAGAGCCUUUUGACUUCGCUAUCGAAGUUGGUCCGCACACAGCUCUCAAGGGCCCUUUCCUCCAAACUUACAAAGCCGCUACCGGGGUUUCCCUCCCCUAUGGCGGAACGCUCGCUCGCUUCACCAACGAUAUUGCCGCUAUGUCCAAUUGUCUCGGAGGACUGAUGAAUCACGUCGCUCCUUCAGCCCUCACAACAUCCGAAUAUAUCCAGUCCUUCCAAUCCGGCGUCGCUCCAGCGCUCGCUACAGGCCUCCCAACCUACGCCUGGGACCACUCUCAGAUAUACUGGGGCGAGACCAGGUACUCGCGUAAAUACCGUCAACGCAGUAAGCCGCGCCACGAUCUUCUUGGCGCCCAACUUCCAGACGAUUUGGAGCAUGAUAUGCGGUACCGCAACACCAUUCGAGUUCCGGAGACUCCUUGGCUGGCUGGUCACAAAGUACAAGGGCAAAUCGUGUAUCCCGGUGCUGCGUAUCUUGUGAUGGCUUUGGAGGCAUCAAAAGAUCUGGCGAAGGAUAAGCAGACGAAGUUGGUGGAACUGCUGGAUAUUGAGUUGUCCCGCGCCAUCGCGUUGGAGGAAGGUUCCGCCGGUGUUGAUACACUCUUGACCCUGAAAAAGACACACGAAGGACCCUUGAAUGGUGAAGACUUUAUCGAGGCAGAGUUUUGUAUUUUUUCGGCUAUUGGAGUGGAUGCUGAGACAUGGGAUUUGAACAUGAAGGGCCGCCUUCGUGUCGUCCUUACCGACUCGAACACUCCGGACAUCAUCCUUCCAGUUCGGGAUGAUACUCCUUUACUUCUAAGCACCCUUGACGUGGAGAGCUUCUACAACUCUCUGGUUGAGAUUGGCUUUAACUACACCGGCCUUUUCCACCGUCUGACCGGCAUUAGCCGUCGAAUGAACAGAGCCACUGCCACUGCUAUCGAGUAUCCAGAGGACCCUGAGAUGCCGGCAAUGAUGCAUCCCGCGUUGAUGGAUGCCUCAUUCCAGACUGUAUUCGCUGCCCUUCACUUCCCUGGUGAUGGUGGAAUGGCCUCUCCAUACCUUCCGACGGGCAUUAAGUGUCUUCGCAUCAGUACAGACCGCGAUGAAGCUGCUCCCGCCACACAAGUCACGAUCGAUACAUUCAUUACGAGCAACGAGAAUAUGAAGAUCGUCGCAGAUAUCGAAAUAUGCGACUCAACCACUGGAGCUCCCAGGCUGCAGAUUGAGGGGCUUGCCUGUACUUCGCUUGAGCGUGCCAACGCGGAUAACGAUGUUGAGCUUUACUCUCAGACAAUCUGGAGACCGGAAGUAUCCAAGACUGCUAUUAGACCUGCCCUUUCUGCUGAGGAUGCAAACGAAGAGCUCAGUAUGGUCGAUCUUUGCGAGCGACUUGCUUACAUGUACCUACGCAAGUUGGACCAUUCUGUGUCCAGAAAAGAGGUCGAGACCUUUUCUUGGAACCACCAACGUAUCUUCCAAUUUAUCGAUCAUCUGUUUCCUGUCGUAGAAAAUGGCCAACACCCAACUCUUCGCGCGGAUUGGGCCAAGGAUGACCCAAUUUGGCUCGAGACACAGGCCGCCAGGCAUAUGGAUCAGGUCGAUAUACAGCUCAUCACUACUGUUGGGCAGAACCUUUUGUCCGUCGUCCGUGGGGAGACGAACCUACUCGAGUGCAUGAUGAAGGAUGAUAUGCUCAACAGAUACUAUGCUCUUGGCCAACAAAUCAAGGAGUCAAAUGUUUCUCUCAGCCGAGCCGUCGGCCAAGUCGUUCAUCGAUAUGCCGGGAUGAAGAUCCUGGAAGUCGGCGCUGGCAACGGAUCUGUCACAAAAGGUGUGUUUGAAGAAAUCGGCCAUCUUUUCAAGAGCUAUACCUUCACCGACGCCACGGACAGAUCAUUCGAGUUGGCCCGCGAGAACUUGCAGAAGUGGACGGGCAAGAUGAAGUUUCAACCUCUUGAGAUUGAAGGCGAUGUAACUGAACAGGGAUUUGAAAAGCAUUCUUUUGAUAUGGUCAUCGCAUCGAACGUGGUUCAGACUUCUCAGAAUCUCCAGCGAACCAUGGAGAAUAUUCGCUUGCUCCUCAAGCCCGGCGGAUAUGUCUUGCUACAGGAGAUCAGCGUCCCGGAUGUUCUCCGCGUCAAGUUUAUGACCUUAGGUCUGCCAGCUUGGUGGCUGGGAGACGAAGAUAGCCGCCGCUUUGGCCCUGCUGCUUCGAUGUCUCAAUGGACCUCACUUCUUAAGGAGACAGGGUUCUCUGGCGUGGAUCAGGUCACCAAUGAUCUCGCUGAUCGCCCGAUGUUCAUGACUUCUGUGGUACUUUCUCAGGCACUCUCCGACGAGGUUAAAUUCUUGAGAGAGCCAUUGUGCCCGCCAGCAUUGCCUAUUGUUCUUAAGGAUAUCUGCAUCAUUGGCGGCAACCAGGCCAGAAACGCCGAGAUCACGGCAUAUAUUUCCGAGUCCUGCCGACGACUUGGGAACGAACUGCCACAGCUUUCGUAUAUCGACAGCAUUGACAAAGCUCAUCUCCACACUACUCCUUUUACAUCUGUCAUUUUCAUCCAAGAUUUGGAUCAGCCGAUCUGGAAAGAUCUGAAGCAAGAAACGAUCACUGGUCUUCGAAGUGUAGUCGAUCAAGCCCGCCAAGUCCUAUGGGUCACAUCUGGAUGCAGACUCGAGAAUGCUUACGCGAACAUGUCCGUUGGUGUGGGACGCGGUAUGCAAUCGGAAUAUGCCCAUGUCCAGUUCCAGCUUCUGGAUAUUGAGCCAUCCGAGGCUGAAACUAGCAACGACUUGAUCGCCGCAGCUUCCCUGCGACUAUUCGCCGACGAUGCUAUUCGAGUUGCUAGCCCCAACAUUCUUUGGACGGCUGAGUCCGAACUUGUUGUUAAGAAUGGCAAGUUUCUGAUUCCUCGUAUCACUGCAGAUCAAAUCUUGAAUAAUAGACUGAAUGCUCGCCGCCGCCCGAUCCAAAAGAAGGUUUCGCCAGCCGAGACACAAGUCGUAGUAUCCGAGUCCGAGGGAUCAUACGUUCUUUCAGAACCUCAUCUAUCCAUGAUCGCCACUAAGGAUACUUCCGCUAUCAAGAUCAAGGUUACUCAUUCCUUGCUAUCAGCUGUCAAGGUUGGAGAGAACAUGCAUAUGUACCUUACUAUCGGCAAGGUUGUUGAAGGUGGCGAUAUUGCGUCCGGCAAGGAUGUUCUCGCAUUCUCCAACAUCAACGCUUCUAUUAUCGAUGUUCCAGCUUCGCAGGUAGUUCCGAUCUAUGUCAAGGUUGAUUCUCCUCCGAGGUUCAUCGAGUCGGUUGCCAGCACUUUCGUCUCCACCGCCCUGUUCUCCAAGCUUCGCCAUGGAUCCACCGUCCUUUUCUUGGGACCGGACAGAAGCCUAGCUUCCGCUUUCCAAGCUACAGCCGAAGCACUGGGACUGAAGAUAUUCUCUGCGUCUACGCUGCCUGUCCCAGCAGGAUCGAAAACUAUCUACAUCAACCCACAUACCCCGGAGCGAAUCCUCCGCAAAAUCCUCCCCGCCAAGAUUGAUAUGGUGUUGGAUUUCUCAGGUCUGGACCAGAUUUCCAGCAUUUCUGCUUUCCAAGGAUCCGCGGAAUGCAUCAAGACCAAGGUCCACGAUCUUUUCGGUAAGAAGCCUAGCUCUGGUGAUAACGAAGCUCCAGAUUAUCUCCACGAUGAACUUCUCAAGGCACACUUCGUCGCUGCAAAUUUCGUCGACCGUUCUGAAGAUCCUGAGAUCGUCUCACUGUCUCAAAUUCCCAACUCCAAGACGCGAGCAUACCCCGCUGUACUGGAUUUCACAAAAGCCUCAGAGGUAUCUGUUCAGAUUGCCCCCAUCAAUACCAAGGAGCUUUUCAGAUCUGACAAGACCUAUCUUUUGGUCGGAUGUACGGGGGGUCUUGGACAGGCGCUCUGCAGAUGGAUGGUCCAGAACGGGGCUAAGCAUCUUGCCCUUACCACCCGAAACCCCAAAUCCGUAAACCAAGUCUGGCUGGAUGAGAUGGCCGCUGCUGGGGGCAAUGUUCAGAUCUUCGCUUGCGAUGUCACAGACGGUACUUCCCUGCGCAAGACACACGAAGAGAUCUGCUGCAAGAUGCCCCAAAUUGUCGGUGUCGCCAACGCUGCGAUGGUGCUCGCCGAUCGACUCUUCAAUGAUAUUACUCUUGAGGAUUUCCAAAUCUCGCUUAGGCCUAAGGUGGAUGGGACCAAUCAACUCGACGAGCUGUUUGGCGAAAGAAGUGAUCUUGACUUCUUUAUACUCUUUUCUUCACUGGCAAACACAGUCGGUAAUCGUGGACAAACCAACUACCUGGCCGCCAACGGUUAUAUGCAGACCAUCGCAGCUCAGCGUCGCGCCCGUGGCCUUACUGCAUCCGUAAUGCAUAUUGGUAUGGUCAUCGGCAUCGGAGUCGUGUCUCAAGAUGCAGCUCUCGAGAGCUCUCUCAAAAGACAGAAGUGGAUGGCUAUUUCUGAGCCUGAAUUCCUCGAUAUGUUCGCCGAAUGCAUCUUGGUUGGUCGUCCAAACUCCGGACACUCUAACGAUAUUAUCACUGGUCUCCCUCGCAACAGUACCCUUCCGACAGCUGACAACCCUUGGUACGCAUCUAACCCAAGAUUCUCGCACAUGGUGCUGAAGGAGGAGGGCGAGGAUAAUUCUUCUGCGGGAGGAUCAUCGCUUCCUAUCAAGCAACGCCUUGCUGCAGCUACCACUGCUGAGCAGCGGGCUGAGAUCAUCCAAGGGGACUUCUUGCAGAAGAUGAGCCGGAUUUUACAGGCGUCUGCUGAAAAUAUAGAGGUCAAGCAGCCUCUAUUGGCGCUUGGCGUUGACUCUCUCAUGGCAAUGGAAAUCAGAUCAUGGUUCUUGAGCUCGAUUGAUGUCGAUGUGCCUGUUCUCAAAGUCCUCGGUGGAGGGAGUAUCCAAACUCUCUGCGCUGAAGCGGGUGCCCUCGUCAAAAUUGUUAAUGCGUCAGCAGGGGAGAUUGAGAUCAGAAUUACCGAGGGGACCUCGCCACCAUCCGAGGCUUCGGCUUCUUCUGGAGCUAGCACUCCUUCCCUUCUCGCAACGCGACCAUCUACUCCAGGUCUAUCCGAGGACCUUACCUGGCUUUCAAGAGCAGGAUCCGAGACUGGUGAGUACGACGGCGUUGAACUUCUGCCCGGCAUGGAGCGUGUUGGACGCAUGUCGUUCUCUCAAGAACGUCUUUGGUUCCUCCAAUCCUUCCUCACAAACCCCGCCACCUAUAACAUCACGCUCGCAUACCGCAUCAAGGGUCCUUUCCGCGUCGCAGAUUUCAACCAAGCAUUUUACGAUCUCAUUGACCGCCACGAGACCCUCCGCACUGCGUUCUUUACAGAUAAGACCAACUACCUCGCAUACCUGGGGGCCGUUGAGAAAACUCCCUUCGUCAUGGUGCAGAAGCCUUACACCGGCGAGGCCCAGGUCAAGGAGGAGUUCAACUUAACGAAUGAUCAUAGCUACGAUCUCGAGAAUGCCGAAAGCAUGAAAGCUACACUUCUCAUCGAGAGCCCUACCUCCCACGUGCUGAUCAUGGGAUUCCACCACAUCGCUGUGGAUGCCACUUCUUCCCAAAUUCUGGUUCGCGAUAUCGCAGCCAUCUACUCGGGAGAUAAACUUGCUCCCUUGAAUUAUCAAUACAUCGACUACGCCAAUAAGCAGCGCGCAACUGUUGAACAAGCCCUCAGCAAGGACGUCGCAUACUGGAAGUCCGAAUUCCCCGACGUUCCUGAAACGCUUCCUCUCUUCGACUUCGGCACCGUCAAGUCCCGCAAACCAUUGACGGAGUACAAUAUCCGUAUCAUGGAUGCCAGGCUCGAUGCUUCCUUCACUGCGACUCUCAAGGCGGCUAGUCAAAAGCUCCGCGUCACGCCGUUCCACCUUCACUUAGCUACUCUGCAGACCAUGCUACACAAGCUGCUGAACAUCGAUGAUGUCUGCAUUGGUAUUACUGAUGCUAAUAAGAACGAUCCCGAUCAUGUCGAUACUCUAGGUUUCUUUGUCAACUUGUUGCCGCUUCGCUUCAAGGUUGAGGGGAGCCGAUCGUUCGCUAAGCUCACCCAGCAAGCACGAGACAAGACCCUAGCUGCUUUGGAGCAUUCUCAGAUUCCAUACAAUGUCUUGCUCGAUAAGCUUGAAGUCCCCCGCUCCACCACAUCCAAUCCCAUGUUCCAGGUUCUCAUGAAUUACAAGAUGGGAUCCUUGAGAUCCGUGCCGUUCGGCGAAUGCGAGGCGGAAGUGGUUGACUUCCAAGAUGCUAGCAACCCAUACGACUUGCAGUUCGAUGUUGAGUUGGCUGUCGAUGGCACAACAUUGAUUACAGUGUCUACUCAAAGUUACCUUUACUCCGAGGAGGACCUUUCUACUGUCCUCAAAUCCUACACCCACCUUCUCAAGACUCUCUCAUCUAAGCCAUCCCUCCCUAUCAAGGACCAAUCAGUCUUCAGCAUUAAGGAAGCACACAAGGCUAUCACCAUCGGUACUGGCCCACGGGUCAACAUUGAUCAAUCCAUCACCAUCAACCGGAUGUUUGACUGGGCCGUCAAAGCUCGCUCGAAUAACAUUGCGGUUGUCGACAACGUCGGCGGAAAGUUGACUUGGAUUGAAAUGGCUUCGUGGGUCAGCACCAUUGCUGCUCAUCUGCUCGGACUCGGUGUCAAGCCCCAAGCUUUUGUCGGCGUGAACUGUGAGCCCAGCGCAAUGAGCGUUUGCUACUGGCUCGCAGUCAUUCGGAUUGGAGCUAUCUAUGUUCCGUUGGAUACUUCCAACCCCGCUGCUCGCCUGGAACUUAUCGUCAAUGACUGCAAGCCAGUCGCCAUCAUUUGCGAUGAGCAGACCUGGGCAGUAGCGCAGCGUGCUUUUCGGGCCCCUAACCGCCACAUCUUCAAACUUUCAGAUAUAGGCGGAAGACGCACUAAAUACACCGAGGAUAUGUCGAAGCCACACGAGAUAGCUUGUGUCAUAUACACUUCCGGUACUACAGGUACACCUAAGGGAACACUUCUCACCAACUCCAACUUCAUUAAUCACAUUUACGGUGUCAAUAAAGAAUGGGACAUUGGCCGAGAAGUCGUCUUGCAGCCAACUAACCUGGGCUUUGAUCUUUCUCUCGCUCAAAUGAUGCAAUUUGUUGCCUCCCAGGGAAAGCUGGUCGUUGCAUCACUGCAGACUAGAACUGAUCCUAUGGCACUCGUUAAUCUCAUGGUCGAACACCAGGUCACUUAUACGAUCGUCACGCCUUCAGUCUACGCCCUAAUUCUUCGCCAAGACCCGGUGCUCCUUCAACAGCUCACUGCUUGGCGUACCGCAUUCUCUUGCGGCGAACCGCUCACCAGUGCCAUCGUUCAGCAAUUCCAGAAAGUCAACCUGCCCAAUCUGCGACUGCUUAACUCUUGCGGGCCUACAGAAAUAACGAUCAUCAACUCCGCCUGGGAGAUUCCGCUUCAAGAUCCCCACGCUAGCGAGCAAAACAUGAUCGUCGGGUCCUCUCUUCCCAACUACUCUACCUAUAUCCUCGAUGAGUAUCUCAACCCCGUACCGGUCGGUUUCCCAGGUGAGAUGGUCUGCGGCGGUGCAAGCAUCUCGCAAGGCUAUCUGGGCCAGACAGAACUGACGGCUGCGAAAUGGGUCGCCGAUCCAUUCGCAUCCGACGCUGAUCUCGCCAAAGGAUGGAACCGCAUGUAUCGCACCGGCGACAGAGCCAAGAUGCUUCCGGACGGACGAUUCGUCUUCCUCGGUCGCAUAGCUGGUGAUAACCAAGUUAAACUUCGUGGUGUCCGCAUCGAACUCGACGACAUCCGAUCAACCAUUGUGCGAGAGUCCAAGGGCGCGAUCACCGAGGCAGCUGUCUGCCUCCGUGGAGAGGGUGACAAUGCUUUCCUUGUUGCUUUCGCAGUGCUUAGCCGGCAGAUCACCGAUACCCGCAAGUUCCUUGCGGGACUACCACUUCCUUCUGCUAUGAUACCCAACACUUUCGUUACUUUGGACAUCCUACCCAGAACACCGAAUGGCAAGAUAGAUAUGCGCGCACUUGCCGCCCUCGACUUGCCAUCUCAAGAUUCUCAGCAAAAAUUCGAGGACUCCGCGCCAAUUGACCUCACCAUGACCGAGGCUUCUCUCAAGGAAAUCUGGAGUCGUUGCUUGCCAGCUGGUGUCUCGGUUGCCGGUGUGCGCGGCGGCUCAGACUUCUUCGUCCUCGGUGGCAACUCCAUGCUCCUUGUGAACGUGCAAGCCAUGAUCCGGGACACCUUCAACGCCAACAUCGCCCUCUAUACCCUCUUCCAGUCUAGCACGCUCGAGAGUAUGGCCGCCCAGAUCGAAGCCGUCUCCCAAGUCGAGACCACAGUAGUCAUCAACUGGGACUCCGAGACGGCCCUUGACCCCCGACUCUCUGAACCUUCCCCUCACUCCCUCGGCCUGCGACCGGUCUCAAGAUCUUAUGUGGAAGUCAUACUCACCGGCGCCACCGGGUUCCUCGGCACUCAAAUCCUCCGCGAACUCGUAGCCGACGAACGCGUCGGCAAAAUCCACUGCAUCGCGAUCCGUCUCCCCGACGGCAAAACCUCACGCUCCCUCCCCAUCGCAUCAUCCAAGAUAGUAAAAUACUACGGCGAUCUAGCGUCCGAGCGUCUCGGCCUUACUGACGCGCAGUUUACCGAGCUCUCCAAGAAAGCCGACCGCAUUAUCCACAACGGGUGCGACGUCUCGUUCCUUAAGUCCUACAAGUCCUUGUCCGCUUCCAACCUCGGGUCGACCAAGGAGCUCGUCAGAUUGGCCAUGGUGCGCAAAACGCCCUUUCAUUUCGUAUCCACGGCGGGCGUGGCCUCUUUUAUACCCGAGCAGGACCUGGGCGAGCGCUUCAUCCCGGACUGCCCUCCCCCGGUGGACGGAAGCAUGGGGUACGCAGCGAGCAAGUGGGCGGGCGAGAAAUACCUCGUCGCUGCCGCCACUCAAUUUGGGCUACCGGUCUGGGUGCACCGGCCGUCCAACAUCCUCGGCGAGGGUGCCGCGAGCGUGAACAUGACGGCCAACAUCCUCGAAUACUCGAUGCGGGUCGGCGCCGUGCCCCGCACGCCCGGCAUCGACGGCCACAUGCAGUUCGUCGAGGUCGACGAGGUCGCGUACCUGCUCGUCAACUCGCUCUUCGCCCGCAGCCAGGACGGCGCCGUCGUCAAGAACCACUGUGGCGACGACCGCGUCCGCAUCCGCGAGCUCGGUACCUACCUGGAGAACAAGUUCGGGCGGAAGCUGGCCGUCCGCGAGCUGGACGACUGGGUCGAGGAGGUGCAGAAGGCGGGCUUGUCGGUCGGGCUCGGCUCCCUGAUCAGGGAGGUGCUGCGGAACAGCGCGGGGACGGCGAGUUUGAAGACCUUGAGUAGACGGCGAUACUGA